AUAAUUGUGCGAUGUGCGAAUGUUGUAAAUGAAAAACAGAAGAAAAAAAAAACUUUUAAGAACUCGAAUGUAAAAAAGGAAGGAAGAGAUAUAUUUCGGUCUUAGAACCAUAUUUUAUAUUAUUAUACCAGAGUCAAUUAUGUGCUUUUAUUUGGAUAAAUAUAACAAUUUUGUGGGUGAAAUUGAGUGUAUAUAACAAUCAAUGAUAUUCCUGUUUCGUGAGAGGAUCUAUUUCUGGAAGAUAUGAUAAAAAAACACAACAAACAUAAGAUUCUGCCACCAUGGCCAUCGUUCGAUAGUGUUCCACUGACAACGUUCAUAAAUUUAGCAUACUUAUCGCUCGCCCUACUAGUUACCUCAAUAAAUUGCCAUAGGCCGCCAUGUCUCGAACAAAGCUGGUGGGAUGAAAACACAGAUUCCUGCAUACCAUGUACCAUUUGUGAUGAACAGUCCAUAGUUUUAAGACCGUGCCAGGAGCAUAAAGAUGUUAUUUGUGGAACAUUAAAUGAUUUGGAGUAUGAUUGGAAUGGGAUCGUCGAACAGGAUCCAGUUGAAUCGGAUAGUUGGGCAGAGAGGAGCAAAGGUACCGAGUCAGCGUCUCAAGAAGCAUACAUCAACAUUUGGAGCUGGCAGGUGGCGUCGUUAGUGUUAGUGGCUAUAGCAUGUUUGAUAUUUUUCAUUGUUUUAAUAUUAAUAUUAUGCCAACAUGCCAAACACUGGCGACAAAUGAAGCAAUUAGAACGAAGAUUUGAUAGAGAUGUCGAGGAAUUGUCAGCACGCCUGAUGCACACUAUAGUCGACAUAAGAUCCAUUGAGAAUGGACAAAUUAUUUUAGAAGAAUCUAACAAAGAACGAGUGUUCAAUCCAUUAGAAGUACGAUGUGUCUAUCUCGAACAGCUUUUAGAUCUUGUGGCAUAUUCUUCGACUGUCAUCCCGUUAAAAUCGUACGAAGUCAGCUACAAAAUUGGCGGUAAAAUAGACAUCGAAGAGUACAAGGAAGCAUAUCUGAAACAUAUGCACAAAAAGGUUAUAGUCGAAAGUCCCGGCACAUUGAUAACAUUAAAAAAGAAACUUCUGGAGAAGCAACAAGCAGAGAAAGAAGGACGUGCAAAAAUUGAUAGUGUUUGACAGACUAAGAGUUAUAACACGAAAGAUGGUACCACUCGAGUACAGUUAUAUGAAAGAGGUGAUUGUACAACGAAUUCUUUUUUAUUUAGAUUUUAAUUCUAUUAAGUUUCCGACGAAAAUGUAAAUAACAAAACCAAAAUUAAUAAAAUAAAAUUCUCCGA